GUUUAUUAAUAAUAAAUAAAAUUAGUGAAAUUUGUAUUAUUGCAGUUUGAUGGUGUAAUGUUUGUUAAUACAUAUAAGGGAGAAUACUAAUCGCAAUGAUCAGUUCUUGGAGAAGAACAUAAGGAACUAAAAGCUUCGUGGGGCAUUGUUAUGGUUAAUGGAUGCAUUGGCAGAUCUAAUAGUAAGGAUGGCUACUUUUGUCUCUAUAAUGUGUUACCCAUAUGCCAAUGUACUCAUCCAAUAAUAGAAACCGUCUGUAUUUCAUUUUCAAAGAAAGUAUAAUAAUUGUUGCAUAUGCAUCAAUUAUAUUGGCAGACAAUGUUCGACCACAAUCGGGGGCUUUCUAUGUUUACAAUCCUCUAGGUCAUAGUCAACCAAAUAAGCUGCGAAAGCUUUACUGGUAUUCGAUGGGACAACCGAUCUUAGCUCCCAGGAAACAACGAAUGGCUAGCUUUCAGAUGAAGCAACGAUAUCAAAAUAUUCCGAUUAAAAUUACCUCAACCUUUACGAAUCCAGUGAGGAACACUUAUCGCAAUGCCUAUGAUGCCUCAAUAUCUGCAAGUGCCUUGAAGUCAUAUAUGAAUUCGGUCAGCUUACCAACGACGGCAUUACCAAAGAAUUCACCAAGAUUUCAGCCCAGCAACCCAUAUGAUGAGCCCACUUAUGAGGAUAACAAAAGUUGCGUAGAGAAGAAUAUUACAAUGGCGGCUCAGGACAGUGGAAUAACAGUGGCACAACAUCUGCGACCAGUGCAGAUUACUUCCGUGCCGUAUAACAUUCCCCCAAUCACUCCACUUCCAAUUGUACCUUAUGUAUCCCAUACCUACUUUACCCUUGAUGAUGUUGUCAUUCCCAGUUCUUCUGAGAACCUGCUCUAUUACAAGCCCGAAGAGAAGCAAAUAAUUCCCGAGGUUACACCGCCUCCCUUAACUACACAAAGAAGUAAAUCCGCUGAAAGUCCGUUAAUCGACAUCUUUAAUAUUUUUGGCAUUGAACCAGAGGAGAAACCCAUAAUAGAAGAAAAACCCCAAGAAUUAGUCAGGGACUCAGAGAUAACCACAACAUCGUGGAUGCCAGUUACAAUGAAUAUCAUAAAAAAUGAAACAAAAAUGGAUAUAAAACCUUUUAAGCCAAUGUCAUUAAGCCAAACUAUGGUUGAGAACGUAUUGAAUAUUGUUACCAACCAUAAAAAUUCAACCCUAAUGCCAGAAAUUGAAACCGUCGCGAACUCAAGCAAAGAACUAUGUAAAGAUUGUUUGAAAGAUGAAAUAUUGACAACUUUGAGUCCCAUAUUGAAUGAGAUUGAAGACAAAAAGAUUGAGAAACCAAUAGAAAAGAAUCCAGUAAAAAAUAUGAAAGAAAUCGAUAAUCAAAGUAAUAGUUUAAGUAGUUUAAAAACCCUCACAUCCACAACAUUCAUCGGCUUGCUAACAUCGAAAUUGAAAAUUGCUCAAAAUCACAAGAAAUUCUCACCCAUCUCAUUAAAGAAAUACUCAACGACGACAGCUCCUCCAGUAUCUUCUACAACAAAAGCUGCUCUUAGAAAAUCCAGACGAACUAAAAACUAUUCGAGGCAAAGAAAAGUUGACGCCAAUUUAACCAGAUUGAAUAAUUAUAAUCUGACGAAUGCCAAGUCAACUUAUUCAAAAAUAUUACGACCCACUUUAAAAGUAAAUCUUAAAGAUAUAGAUAAAGAUAAAAUACAAACUGUAAAUGUGACAGAUACAACAUCUUAUUCAACUUCAACUCAAGCGCCUGUUAGGAAUACCCCAAAAACUGUGAGAAAUACCCCAGCUCCAAGAAUGAUGAGUACUUCAACUUCUAGUGAAUCUCCGCCUUUGUCUGCGGAAUCUGCCAUUAUGACCAUAUCGAAUGCUAAUGGUAGACACCUCAGAGGAUCCAUGCCGACAUUCAGAAAGCGUUUAGCCGAAACACAUAAAAGAUUCGCUCCAACUACCGAUAUGCCUCAAUUGCCUAUUGAACUCUAUUUUAACAAACUCUCUAAAACUCAGUAGGCUACCAUACUUUGUUUGCAUAAAAACUAUCAUUAAAUUUAUUUAUAAUUAUUAUUGAAUAAAGGUGCAAAAUA